ACACCACACGGUUGGCAUGACGUGUUACCAAGUCCUCAUCGACGUCUGAAGCCAUUUUGAUACAACACUGGGAAACACUCAGGUUUUAAGAUUGUUUAACAACAUAGAAUACUUAGUUAUUCCGCUUCUCGGUUUGUGUUUUGUCAGACGUCUGUCUCUUGCACGAGGCGGUUGAUUUUUCCAUUUGAUCCAGAGACACUGAUGUGGAAGUGAAAGCUGUCAUUUCCUCGUUUCCUAAAGUUCUUGUUUUGUUGCUGCAACGCGAGUUUCAUGAGCUGCCGAGACUCUUCAUACCCCAAAGAGAAGAGGUUGUGAUGCUGGAAUUAGUUUCUGCUUGAAUUCUAUCAGGUCUUCAGACAACAGAUGUUAUGCAAAGGCAACAUUUGCUUUUUGAAGGUAUGUUUACCCCUCAUCCCCGCCUCUCGCUGUGGCUCAUCGUCAUAUGUUAUUGUUUGAUGGGACUGCACCAUGACGUGGCCUCCCAGAAGAAGAUGUCGUGCCGGGUGACAGACGGCAGAGCCGACUGCAGUCACCUCAGCCUCAGAACAAUCCCACAAAACCUUCCCAGGAACAUCACAAGCCUGGAUAUGUCUCACAACAGACUAGUGGGGCUUCCCCCUGCGUCGCUAAACCCGUACACGGGGCUUCUCCACCUUGAUGUCAGCUACAACAGUGUCACCAAGCUAGAUGAGCAUUUGUGCCAGACACUGCCCCUUCUGCAGACACUUAACGUGAGACAUAAUGAAGUGCAUUUGCUGAAGAUGGAAGAUCUGAGGCUCUGCACCAGUCUGAUACAAUUGAAUUUGGCUAGUAACAGGCUAAAGAUGAAGGGAGAUCCCUUCGCUGCUCUAAAGAACCUGAAGUUCCUCGAUGUUUCCACAAACCAGCUGCCAUCAGCCAAACUGGGCACUCAGCCUCAGCUACCCAGCCUGGUGGACCUCAGUCUGGCAUUCAAUGGAUUCACCACACUGAGGAAGGACGACUUCUCAUUCCUGAACCAUUCCCCUUUUCUGCAAACCCUCAAUCUCUCGUCCGUGCCUCUAAAAACUUUGGAGCCUGGUUGCCUUGAGCCCAUUUCAGGCCUGCGUACUUUAAUUCUGGAUGGGAGCAAAACUGACAGUUUGUUUAUUUCCAAACUCUGCUCGGAGCUGGCAGGGACAUCCAUUGAUGUCUUCUCUCUUCGGAGGACGACGCUAGUAACGCUCAAAAACACAACCUUUGCAGGACUGCAGAAAACAAAUCUGACCUUUCUGGAUUUGUCCCAGAAUGGCAUGGGUACAAUUGAGGAUGGCUCAUUUCAGUGGCUGUCCAAACUUCAGACUCUAAUUUUGUCUGAGAACACCAUCAAGCACCUUACGAAGUACACAUUUCAAGGCCUCAAAAGUCUGAAACAACUCAAAAUGACAAAAGCUCUGGUGAAAGGUCAUGCCACCCCGGUCAUUGAUGAUUUCACUUUCCAACCGUUAAGCUCCCUAGAGAGUUUAAUAUUACAGAGAACUGCAGUGAGGGAAAUCACAGAGCACACAUUUACAGGCCUCACAAGUCUUAAAGAGAUCGACAUGAGUUGGGCCAGUUACUCAUCACUCAGAAUCAUCACCGACAAGACCUUGGUUUCACUUGCGGGAUCUCCUCUCAGAGUGCUGAAUCUGACUGCAACAGCUAUAGCAAAGAUUAAUCCUGGAAGCUUCUCAUUUUUCAAAAACCUCACCAUUCUUCUUCUAGAUUUUAAUUUCAUACAGCAAACGCUCUCUGGCAAAGAGUUUGAAGGCCUAAGUCAGGUCCAAGAGAUUCACAUGACCUACAACCACUGGAAAGUCAGACUGUGCUCCACUUCAUUUGUCAAUGUGCCCAAUCUUAGAGUCCUGACUUUGGGGAAAAGUCUUAACAACACAGCUGUGAACGUGGACGUGGAUCCCUCACCAUUCAAGCCCUUGUCCCACCUCACAUUUUUGGAUCUCAGUAACAACAAUAUCGCUAAUAUCAGAGAGAGCAUGUUGGAUGGACUCGUGAACCUGAAGGUGCUGAAGCUCCAACACAAUAACUUGGCUCGCUUGUGGAAGAGUGCCAACCCAGGCGGGCCAGUGAUGUUUCUCAAAGGGGCACAGAACUUGAUGACCUUACAGAUGGACAGUAAUGGGCUGGAUGAAAUCCCAGAGGGGGCUUUGAGGGGUUUGAUUAACCUCAGUGAACUAAGCCUCUCAAAUAAUCUCUUAAACAACCUGAGGGACUCCAUUUUUGAGGAUCUGAAAUCAUUGCGGGUGUUACGUCUACAGAAGAACCUGAUCACAGCUGUGAAGCCUGAAGUGUUCCAAACUCCAAUGAGCAACCUCAGCAUACUUGUCAUGGACAAAAACCCCUUUGACUGCACAUGUGAGAGCAUCCUAUGGUUUGUGACAUGGCUGAAUAGCACAAACAGGACAUUUGUGCCUGAUCUCACGGACCAGUAUAUGUGCAACACUCCACUUGCUUACUAUAAUCAUUCAAUCACGAUGUUUGACACACUGUCUUGCAAAGAUAUGACCCCAUUUCAGGCUCUUUACAUACUGAGCAGCACAGCUGUCAUGGUGUUGAUGGCAACAGCGUUUUUGGUGCGAUUCCAGGGCUGGAGAAUUCAGUUUUAUUGGAACAUACUGGUCAGCCGCACGUUAGGAUUUAGUGAUGCCAAUGCUGAAGAGAGCAGGGAGUUUGAGUACGAUGCCUACAUCAUACACACAGAGGAAGACAAGCGCUGGGUGGACAGGAUGAUAGUUCCCUUAGAGAAUGAAAAGUGCAGCUUUUACUUGGAGCAUCGAGACGCCAUCCCUGGGACGCCACAGCUGAAUUCCAUCGUGGAUAAUAUUAGACGGUCCAGGAAAAUCGUGUUUGUCAUCUCUGAAAGUCUUCUCAAUGAUCCCUGGUGUCAAGGAUUUACAGCCCACCAGGCACUCCACCAGGUCAUUGAAGCCAGCAGGGACUCUGUGGUCCUGGUCUUUCUGCAGGAUGUGCACGACUACAAGUUAUCUCGCUCACUCUUUAUACGCAGAGGCAUGUUGCGCUCGUGUUGUAUCCUGGAGUGGCAUUGCCAUAAGGAGAGGAUAGCCGCCUUUCACCAGAGGCUCCUCAUAGCACUUGGCAUGACUAAUCGAUUAAGGGAGUGAUUGUUUUUCAAUGGUAAUAAUGAAAAUUUUAAGUUCUAGUAAUAAUUAAUAAUAAUGUGUGUCUUAUUACCAUUGGUAUUAUAUAGCCUUUGUACAUACUCUUACUCUCUAUACCACUGUGUGCCUUUUCAAACAAAACAGUCACAGUAAAUAUUGUGUCAGGCUGACAUCUAGUGGUUGUAGUGAGAAACUACAAAUGUUUUUGUACCACAUACAGUAUACUUACUACUUCGAACUACUACGAAACUUCAGUGUAUGGCUAUAUAAAAUAUACAUUAUAAAGUAGAACGUCAUCACAAUUCAAUUAGUAUCUUUAUUUGACCAAGUUUCACAAAAGCAAAGUGUGUGAAUUGAAGCCACAUCAAAAAGUGUUUUUUAUGUUUAAAGCCAUUUCGUUUUCAGUAACAUAUCCUAGUUGUGAUAUUUUUUACUGAGGAAUUUGUCUUAUAAUAUAUGAGGUUUAAGUUUUACUUGUAAGUGUUGCUUAGAGAUUAAAGCUAGAUGUACUGUAAUUUUUUUAAAUUGUGAUUUAUGAUGUAUACAAUGGCGCUUGUAUGUAUUUUUAAAAAAAGUAAGUGUACAGUAUCUCAUCUCUGUUGGGGAUUUUUUUUUAUUUUAGAAAUGUCACACAAUGGCAAUAUACAUGUUCUUUUGUUUGUUUUUUUAAAUAAAAAAUGAGAAGACAUGAAUCAAAUCAUUAUUUUGUUACAGUAAUUAUAUUUUUUGUUUUGGUACACAUGUUAACAUUUUGAUUGUUUACAAAUCAUUUUGGUAGAUUAGAUUAUCUCUCUCUCUCUCUCUCAGUAAAUAAAUAACUUCAAUAAAUAUAUGACCCGACCACAGCCUUAUAUGAACUAUGUCCCUGAUGUAUGUUUGUUUCAAUGUAAAGUACAGAUAUUUGUACUUAAAGUAAUGACGUAUUUGUACUUUGUUACAUUAAAACACUGUGAGGGAGCAAAUGAUCUUAUUGGGAAUUAAUCUGCCUGUACUGGUCUAAAACAUUCUAUUAUGUUGUCUAAAUUGGAAA